CGGGCCGGAAGUUAGACCGGAAGCAGAAAGACGCUGAUGUAGCUAGCCAGCAGUCUGGAUUAGCUGUCCACGUAAUUCUGUUUGAAAUUCGUCAAAUAUCACAAUGAUACGGUUGAAAAAUAUGCUGUGACGUUGCCAAACUUGAACUGUAAACACGGAGCAGGCAAUAUUUCCAACUACUAUUUUUAUAGUUUUGUAAUCGGGUUUAGCAAAGCAGUUAGCUAGCUUCCUGGCUGCCGUUAGCCUAGCUAGCUAACCUUUGUCAAAUUGUAAUGGCAAGUGCUACUAGUAGCGAGGCUGUUUAAUUCGCUAGCUAACCAGCUAACGUGACCUCGUGGUGAACAUUUCAUUUCAGAGAAAGGACGUGGACGAUUUCAGAAAUUCAUUUCCCGCUACAGCAUUUAGCUAGCUGCUUCAACAAUUCCUGGAGGAUUCAAGAUGGAGGAGGACUUUGGUGAGCCGUCCCCAUCCUGCUCAACUGAACCCCAUCCAACGCUGUCACUAGGUCCUGACGGUAACCACGGUGACCGGGACCACACACCGCAGGGGCAGGAGAUUGGUUACCCUGGAGGCCUUGACAGCUUCAGUGAAAUACCUAGAUUUAACAUCGUAGUCAAAGAGGAGGAGGAAGAUUUAGAGGAGUGGAGUUUUAAUUAUACAGGAGAGAGUCCAAACCACAGCUCUAGUGAUGAGGCAUCAGCAGAACGACGCCAGGAGAAUCGCACAGCCAAGAAGACGUUUUACCGCUGCCCGGAGUGUGGGAAAGAGUUUCCUCACCCAUCAAAACUACAGAGACAUCUUAGAACGCACACAGGAGAGAAACCAUAUCCUUGCUCUGUGUGCGGGAAGAGAUUCAGUGAUACAGGGACCCUCAAAACACACGAGAGGUUGCACACAGGAGAGAAACCGUACAUCUGCCCGGAAAAGAACUGUUGGAAGAGGUUUGUCAGCCAAGGAGAGUUAAAACUACACCAUCGGACACACACCGGAGAGAAACCUUGCCACUGCUCUGUGUGUGGGAAGAGUUUCUCACGUAUGUGGCACUUGAAGGUCCACAUGAUGACGCACGCCGGAGAGAAGCAGAAACUCAGCAUGAAAAAACCUUUCCCGUGCUCUGAGUGUGAGAGGGGCUGCAACUCUGCAGCAGAGCUCAAGAUGCACCAGAGGAUGCACACUGGGGAGAGACCGUACCAGUGUUCCACAUGCAAAAAGACCUUUGUUUUCCCAAGCUCUCUAACAAGACAUGAACAAUCCCAUAUAAGCGAAGCGAAUAGUACCGCCAAGCCGUACAGCUGCUCAGAAUGUGGGAAGGAGUUCACUCAGCCGUGGACCUUAAAGAUACACAUGCGCCAGCACACCGGAGAGAAACCGUACCACUGCUCUCAAUGCGAGAAGAGAUUCUCGUCAUCGUCACUCCUUAAAAGACACCAGAGGGUUCACACCGGAGAGAAACCAUUCCAGUGCGCCGACUGCGGGAAGAGUUUCUCCUCGUCAGCGAAUAGGACCAGUCACCGUCGUCGUAUCCAUGAAGGUCUACAGGGUGGGUCACAGCGGCAGGAGGCCACCUCUGUGGAUGGUACCAGUACGGCUUAUGUUGACCAAAACAACCAGGUUGAACCCACAGUUGUAGAGGAGUCUGGUCUCAGUCUAGUACUAGAAGUAAAAGAAGAGGAGGAAGAUCCUGCUGUCGCAGAGAGACCUGACCAUUGCUCUGAGAGUGAGGAGAGUCCCUCUACAUUAGGAGGACCUGACCAACACCAGGAGAACAACAAAGCUCUGGGCCCUCACAUCUGCUCAACGUGUGGAAAAGAACUAUCCAGCUCCUACAAACUAAUGCUACAUCAGAGAACACACACAGGAGAGAAGCCUUACGAGUGUAUGGUGUGUGGGAAGGGCUUCUCCCAAGCCGCAAACCUCAAGACGCACCAGAAAGUGCACAGUGGAGAGAAGCCGUACCCCUGCUCUGACUGCGGGAGCAGGUUUACUCACAUGGGAGACUUGAAGAGACACCAGUUGUUGCACUCGGGUGAGAAACCUUAUAGCUGCCCUGAGUGCGGGAAGAGUUUUUCUCAGUUGGCGCACCUAAAAUCUCACCAACAGACACACACAGGGGAGAAACCUUUCCUCUGCGCUCAUUGUGACAAGACUUUCUCCACUGCGGCCAAGCUGAAGAACCACGAGAGAGUGCACACUGGCGAGAGACCUUACUGCUGCUCCUACUGCCCCAAGCGCUUUGCUCUAUCUGGGACACUGGUGAAGCAUGAACGACUCCACACCGGAGAAACGCCGUACCAAUGUGGAGAAUGCGGUAAGGGAUUUGCUCAACUGGUGUCUUUGAAAAUACAUGCCCAGUCACACACUGGAGUCAACUUCUACAACUGUAUCCAUUGUGACCAGAGCUUCUCCACUUCAACCAAGCUGAAGGAACAUCAGAGAAUCCACACCGGGGAGAACCUGUACCAAUGCACCGAAUGUGGGAAGAGUUUCACUAUUGAGUCAAAGCUGCUGAAACACCAGAGAGUUCACACUGGAGAGAAACCGUACCAGUGCUCCGGGUGUGGAAUGAGGUUCUCGCUCUCUGAGAACCUACUGAGACACCAGCGUAACUCUUCAGGGAUCUGUGGUGCUGUGAGCCUUAACCAGGCUACUGGGAGUGGGAUUCUACUUCUACAAGAUGCUGCUGUCUUCCCGAAUAUACUGGUCAAGGCUGGGCACAAACCCACAGAGUCUCUGCCUUCUGACCAGAGCCAUAGUGAAGCCUCCACUCAAACUGCUGGGAUGACUGUUAACAUUAAAGAGGAGGAGCAAACACUUGGACUGAAGAUUAAAACUGAAGAACUGGAGGAGGAGGAAGAAGAAGAAGAGGAGGAAGAAGAAGAAGAGGAAGAAGAGGAGGAGGAAGUUGUUGGGCUGAUUAAUUCUGAUGGAGAAGAAAUGGACUGGGAUUCUUCUCUUCUUGGAUAUAAUCCCAGUCAGAGUUCUGACAUUGAAGAGAGUCCCUCUACAUCAGGAGAACCUGAACAUCACCAGGAGAAUCACACAGCUAAGAGCUCUCACUGCUGUUCAGUGUGUGGAAAAGACUGCCAAAAAUUAUCGGCGCUACAAAAACACAUGAGAAUUCACACAGGAGAGAAGCCUUACCCCUGUACUUUGUGUGGAAACCAAUUCCGUGAGAAGGGACACCUGAAAGCACAUCUGAAAACUCACACUGGAGAGAAACCUUACCACUGCCCCACCUGUGGGAUGAAGUUCGCCCAUUUGGGAGCCAUGAAAAUACACCUGCUGACACACACUGGAGAGAAACCUUACCCCUGCUCUGUGUGUGGGAAGAGUUUUACCCAGUCAUCGCGUUUGAAGCAACAUUUCCGGACGCACACAGGAGAGAAACCUUACUCCUGCUCUGUAUGCAGGAAGAGUUUUGCAAGACCAGCAGACCUUAAAGUACACCACAGAGAUCACACAGGGGAGAAACCUUACAGCUGCACUGAAUGUGGCCAGAGCUUCACCAGUUCCCACAACCUAUGGAAACAUCAGAAGACCCAUCUACCACCUGGACUACCACAACCUGUUGAGUUUGACAACCACAACCAAACACCAGAGAUGAAUGCUAAAAACGAAGGACUGAAGGAGGAAGAUGAGGAGGAGGAGGAAUUUAGUGUUCUGAUCAAUUCUGAUGGAGAAGAAGUUGGAUUGGACUUGGAUCCUCCUCGUCUCAAUCCUCCUCUGAGUUCUGAGGAAGAUGAGAGUCCGUCAACAUCAGGAGAAACUGAACAACACCAGGUGAACCACAAUACAGCUCUGAGGUACAGCUGCUCUGUGUGUGGGAAGCAGUUCAACCACAAAGGACAUCUGCGAAGACACGAGAGUGUACAUUCAGUUGAAAAACCUUAUGGUUGCUCAGACUGCGACAAGAUGUUCGGUUCCACCAUAGCUCUGAAUAGACACAAGAAGUUACACAGAGAAGAGAAACCUCACAUUUGCACAGUGUGUGGGAAAGGUUUUGUUCAACUGUCACGUUUGAAGGAACACUACCCGACGCACUCGGGAGAGAAACCACACUGCUGCUCUGUGUGUGGGAAGCGCUUCACUACUGCUUCGUACCUCAAAACGCACAGCAAAGUCCACCUGGGGGAGAGUCCCUAUACCUGUAACAUAUGUAGGAGAGAUUGCCAGAAGUUGUCCGCAUUCAAGUUACACAUGAGGAUCCACACAGGAGAGAAGCCCUUCAGUUGCUCUGUGUGCGAGAAGCAGUUCACUCAGAAAAGACAUCUGCAAGACCACCAGAAAGUACACACUGGAGAGAAACCGUACCCCUGCCCCCACUGUGACAAGCGGUUCAGCUUCUCCUCUGCCUUGAAAAGACACCAGCAGUUACACACAGGAGAAAAACCCCACAGCUGCUUUGUGUGUGGGAAUAGUUUCUCUCAAGCAGGGCGCCUGAAAGAACACCUACAGACGCACUCGGGAGAGAGGCCUUUCUCCUGCUCUGUCUGCGAGAAAACAUUCAGAAAAGCUUCUGAACUCACGAUACACAACAGAUCUCAUACAGGAGAGAGACCGUACAGCUGUGCCGAAUGUGGUAAGACAUUCACCAGUUCUAUGAAGCUGGGACGACACAAGAAGAUCCAUCAGAACACAAAAACUGAAGAGGUUCUGACGAAAGAUGUGAAGAGUAUUCCAUGAGUAUUGAUGAUGAUGAAGAAGUGGAGGCUGCCUCCGCAGUUAGUGGAUGCUAGUAGGGUGAAGAGGAGAAGGAGGAGCCUCUACAGUUAGUGGAUGCUAGUAGGGUGAAGAGGAGAAGGAGGAGCCUCUACAGUUAGUGGAUGCUAGUAGGGUGAAGAGGAAGGGGAGGCGCCUCUACAGUUAGUGGAUGCUAGUAGGGUGAGGAGGAGGAGGAGCCUCUACAGUUAGUGGAUGCUAGGAGGGUGAAGAGGAAGAGGAGGAGCCUCUACAGUUAGUGGAUGCUAGUAGGGUGAAGAGGAAGAGGAGGAGCCUCUACAGUUAGUGGAUGCUAGUAGGGUGAAGAGGAAGAGGAGGAGCCUCUACAGUUAGUGGAUGCUAGUAGGGUGAAGAUGAAGAGGAGGAGCCUCUACAGUUAGUGGAUGCUAGCAGGGUGGAUAAUCGUGAUGAUUGAAAGAGUGCCGCUUGAUGACCGUUGGUCCCCUAACGAGGUGCCGGUUUAGACUGGGAAUGAUGAACAAUGAUGACCUCAUAAUGUAAAAAAAUAUAUAUCUGCACACUGAUGCAUGUUUCCAAGAAUUGUAUUUUUAUUUUAAGCCAGCAAUGUUUUUGUGAAAGGUUAAUGGUUUCAAGAUUAAGCCAAUUUGUAUCAAAUACAUUUAAACUAUAAAAAAAAGGAAAGCAUGAAAAGGUGCAUAAAGACAGCAGACUGAACAGUAUAAAGCAGAUAAACAACAUACUAUCACACGUCACUCAAUCCAACGUGAGAAAUGACAUGAGCAAACAAGCCGGUGGGAUCUAUAAACAUUUUAAUAAAGUGAUCAUUGUUCUUUCUAUUUUAUUAUGGUUCAUUCAUGUGAUUACUAUGCUAAUUAUGCAACAAACCAAAAUAUUAAGUUUGUAGUCCAUAGAAUAGCUCUUCUUCCCUGUUCUUAACACUUUACAAUAACUUGUCUUUUAAUAUCAAUGUUCAUAAUCUUAGCAAACGAUGUUAGUUGUUUUAGAAAGUAGGAUAUUGCUGAAAGAAGCGUGUGUGUGUGUGGACAAUCAUUUCAGAAUGAGGUGUUUGUGGAAUAUUGAUAUGGAUGUGAUGUCAUAAUCAUGUUACGUGAUGUCAUAAUCAUGUUACGUGAACAAUGGAAAUAAAAGUAUAGAUAGUGAA